AUGUCCCCAGUCCUCAUCUCCCAGCCCUCAGCCUCACAGCCUUCAGACUCCCAGCCCACAGCCCUCAGUGUCCCAGCCCACAGCCCUCAGUGUCCCAGCCCACAGCCCUCAGUGUCCCAGCCCACAGCCCUCAGUGUCCCAGCCCACAGCCUUCAGACUCCCAGCCUCACAGCCCUCAGUGUCCCAGCCCACAGCCCUCAGUGUCCCAGCCCACAGCCCUCAGUGUCCCAGCCCACAGCCCUCAGUGUCCCAGCCCACAGCCCUCAGUGUCCCAGCCCACAGCCUUCAGACUCCCAGCCUCACAGCCCUCAGUGUCCCAGCCCACAGCCCUCAGUGUCCCAGCCCACAGCCCUCAGUGUCCCAGCCCACAGCCCUCAGUGUCCCAGCCCACAGCCUUCAGACUCCCAGCCUGCAGCCCUCAGUGUCCCAGCCCACAGCCCUCAGUGUCCCAGCCCACAGCCCUCAGUGUCCCAGCCCACAGCCCUCAGUGUCCCAGCCCACAGCCCUCAGUGUCCCAGCCCACAGCCUUCAGACUCCCAGCCUCACAGCCCUCAGUGUCCCAGCCCACAGCCCUCAGUGUCCCAGCCCACAGCCCUCAGUGUCCCAGCCCACAGCCCUCAGUGUCCCAGCCCACAGCCUUCAGACUCCCAGCCUGCAGCCCUCAGUGUCCCAGCCCACAGCCCUCAGUGUCCCAGCCCACAGCCCUCAGUGUCCCAGCCCACAGCCCUCAGUGUCCCAGCCCACAGCCUUCAGUGUCCCAGCCCACAGCCUUCAGACUCCCAGCCUGCAGCCCUCAGUGUCCCAGCCCACAGCCCUCAGUGUCCCAGCCCACAGCCCUCAGUGUCCCAGCCCACAGCCCUCAGUGUCCCAGCCCACAGCCCUCAGUGUCCCAGCCCACAGCCCUCAGUGUCCCAGCCCACAGCCCUCAGUGUCCCAGCCCACAGCCCUCAGUGUCCCAGCCCACAGCCCUCAGUGUCCCAGCCCACAGCCCUCAGUGUCCCAGCCCACAGCCCUCAGUGUCCCAGCCCACAGCCUUCAGACUCCCAGCCUGCAGCCCUCAGUGUCCCAGCCCACAGCCCUCAGUGUCCCAGCCCACAGCCCUCAGUGUCCCAGCCCACAGCCCUCAGUGUCCCAGCCCACAGCCUUCAGACUCCCAGCCUGCAGCCCUCAUCUCCCCAGACCUCAUCACCCUGUCCUCAGCCCUCAUCACCCUGUCCUCAGCCCUCAUCACCCUGUCCCCAGACCUCAUCACCCUGUCCUCAGCCUCUCAGCCCUAAAGUUCACAACCUCCCAGCCCUAAGGUUCUCAACCUCCCAGCCCUCAACCUCCCAGUCCUCAGUCUUCAGCCCUCAGUCCCAGCCUCCGAGCCCUCAGCCCUCAUCACCCAGCCCUCAGUCUCCCAGCCCUAGUCAUCAACCUCCCAGUCCUCAGCCUCCCAGCCCUAAAUUCCUCAACCACCCAGUCCUCAACCUCCCAGUCCUCAGCAUCCCAGCCCUAAAGUCCUCAACCUCCCACCCCUCAGCCCUCAAACUGCCAGCCAUCAGCCCUCAUCACCCAACCCUCAGACCCCGGUCCCCAGCUUUCAGUCCUCACCACCCAGCUCUCAGUCCUCAUCACUCAGUCUCAAGCCUCAGCUUCCCAGCAGGAAGCCCAGCAGUAAGACCACGGUAA